AGUCAUUCGAGUUUUGUUUGAUCAAUUACUGCAAGAAGUGUCUGCGCAAACAUAGUUAUCUGUUGAUUUACGGUAGUUUGCUGAUAAAAUGUCGGUCACUAAGGAGGGAUAUCUUCAAAAAUAUUCUUCCGGGAUAUUCAAAGGUUGGAAAAACCGAUACUUUAUCUUGUAUAAUGAUGGGCAGUUCGUUACUUAUGACAACAAGGGGGGACCCAGGGCAGGAAACUUUCAUAUUACACGAGAUUGCUACGAUAUUCAGGUUGGGGCAGGAAUCCAAGCUAAGAUCCCAACAUUACCUUCCUCCCAUUCUGUUGACUGCGUGAUGUUGCUUGCAACACAAAGCAGGAAAUUUCUACUGCUUGCAGAUAACAGACAAGAUGUAGAUUCAUGGAUGCAAGCUCUCACCAACGCAAGGUCAAUUAAACCGACAACAACCGCUGGUUGCCAAUCUGCAGCACCUGGGGCCCACAAACCACAGUACCCAACAUCGGCACCAGCUUACCCAACUCAAACUCAAAGUGGUUACCCACCAGCCCCAGUGGCAUACCCUCAAGGCCCCACUAACCCUCCAGGCCCCGCUUACCCGCAAGUUCCCCCACCACCAGGAGGUCCAUCUUUGGGCUUUGAGAACUUAAACUUAGGAUCCGGGCCGUCUCAACCACCUAGCUAUAGUGCCCAACCACCACCUGGGAGUUAUCAACCCCCUAAUUACCCUCCAGGACCCCCACAAUACCCAACAGGACCCCCACAGUACCCACCCCCAGGUACAGGGUUCGCUCAACCCUACCAACCCCCUUAUGGGCAACCUGGUCCACAGUACCCAUCUUACCCCCAACAAGCACCUUAUAGGGGUCCACCGCCUGCAGGUUACCCUCAACAAGGUUACCCUCAGCAAGCUUACCCACAAGGUGCAUACGGAGGCCCUGCCCCAUACGGAGCCCAACAAACAGUCUACGUCCAACAACCAAAGCAGAAAAAGAAAUCGAAAGGAAGUUCAGCAGCUAUGGGUGGUAUGAUGGGAGGCGGGCUUGGUUCAGUUUUGGGUGGAGCUGGUAAAAAGGCUGGGAAGCAUAAGAAACUCAUCGGUGGAACGGCUGCAGCUUUGGCUGGAGGCUACGCGCUUAGUAAGUUGACCCGUCGUGGCUCCUGGGGUUCGUGGAGCAGCGGCAGUUGGGGCAGCUUUGGCAGCAGCGGAAGUUUUGGGAGCUUUGGAAGUUUUGGAAGUGGUGGCAGUUAAUGGAAUUAUAUUUAAUAUUAUGUUAUGUUACUUCUGCUACCAGGCAUUAUGUAAAUAAUCUUUUAGCAGCUCAUCUGGUUUAAAAAAAUCAGGAAAAGUAUUCCCUUAUUAAGUGUUGCCGGAUGGCAGAUAGAAGGUUGGAAAUUUACUAAGUUAUUUAUACCAGAUGAGCUGCUACAACACUAUUUAUAUAAUUAUAAUGCUUAACUUUGUCGGGAUGUUACUAAAUAUAUUACUCUCGCUAUGAAUAAUGACAGUCCUAUGGUUAAAAUACCCCAAACUUAUUUAAGACUUUGUAACUACUUGUAUGCGUACGAUAUAUUUACUUGCGAAUAACCAAAAAUAACUCAGUGUUAGAGAUUGCAUUGGGUAUAUGAAAACAAUCUUCUAAUAAUCACUUACAAAGUUACAUACAUGGUUACUUGUAAGCGGGCACGAGGUGUAUGAAACAGAACACCCGUGAAAGACUGCCUUAUUCCAGCGAUACAAGGAUAGAGCCAGUUACAUUUAUUUAAACUGUCUUAGACAGAAUUAAAAUAAAGGUUUAAGCUAAUACUGCAACGAACAGUCUCAUCUAUAAACAUUCUGUUGAAAAUAUUAACAGCUUUAAAAUGCAACAUUUUUAGUUAGUACGUAAGACUUAACCAUUAUGUUAAUGACUUUAUUAUCCUUGUUUUAAGUUUGGAAACACUAUGUUACUUUUUCAAUGGAAUCACUGAACUUUUUUGUAUGAAUCACAUUUGUUGAAGAAUUGUUUUACACAACUCACUAUUGCAUGUUAUCGUGUACUUGUUAUGUUAUAACGCAACUCACCUGUGUUGAUUUCAUAUUGCACUCGUUGUUUAAAGACAAAGAUAUUUUAUAAAGCGGAAAGUUGUUGCG